AUGAGCGUCCCGCUGACGACCCUCAGCCAGGGCUGUAUAGACUCGUCUCCUCCCCAGCCGGAGAUGAGAGAAGUUGACGAGGCAGACAGACGUUCAGCUUCGAUCAAUUCAUCCCACUCGAAUCUGCCGAAAUGGAACAAGCCGGCUAUCAACCUGUGGAGGUUUGCAGCGGCGAACUAUACCUUCAUCAUCCUCGGUGCCAACGAUGCAGCAUAUGGAAUCGAAAAACAUUAUAACAUCUCAUAUACGGUCGUCUCUCUGAUCUUCCUGUCGCCGCUGGGUGGCUAUGCGGCAGCGGCAACGUUUAGCAACAUGAUCCAUAUGAAACUAGGCCAGCGUGGUAUAGCAUUCCUUGGGCCAUGCUCGCAUAUCCUGGCCUACGUCGCCGUCUGUCUUCAUCCACCAUAUCCGGCCCUCAUUGUUGCCUUCAUCUUUGCUGGGUUCGGCAACGGAAUUGCGGAUGCAGCGUGGAAUGCAUGGAUAGGCGGCAUGGCAAAUGCAAACGAACUCCUUGGUCUACUACAUGGCUUCUAUGGUCUAGGAGGAAUGCUUGCUCCCCUUAUUGCAACCGCUCUCAUUACAAAGGCUGGCUGGGAAUGGUACGAGUUUUACUAUUUGCUUGCUGGUGCCUCCUUUUUGUCCCUCACCUUUUCCCUUCCAGCAUUUUGGAGUGCAACUGGGUCCAGAUACCGAGAGGCUCACAGAGACACAUAUGAUGAAGUUGAAGGCCACGAAAACAAUAUCAAUGCCUACACACCUCCUGUCAGGGCCAACGAGCUCAUGGUCAAGUUUUUGGGAAAGACUAGGAUGGCAGAGGCGUUGAGUAACCGGGUAACCUGGAUAUGCAGUGUUUUCCUUGCAAUUUAUGCCGGCGCAGAAGUCGGAUUGGGAGGUUGGAUUGUCACAUUUAUGAUAAACGUCCGACACGGUUCCCCCUUCGAUUCUGGAGUCACUGCUACGGGUUUCUGGUUGGGCAUUACACUAGGUCGAAUGAUUCUAGGAUUCGUUACCCCUCGAUGCUUCAAAACAGAAAAGCAUGCCGUUGUGUUCUAUCUCGCAUGCUGUAUUGGUUUGGACCUGGUAUUCUGGCUCGUCCCAAAUUUUUAUGCUUCUGCUAUCUCCGUUGCAUUUAUGGGUUUCUUCCUUGGACCAUUGUUCCCGGCAGGUGUUGUUGCUGCAACGAAACUACUACCAAGGAAUCUCCACGUUGCUGCUAUUGGCUUCACUUCGGCCAUGGGUGCCUCGGGAGCUAGUACGCUGCCCUUUGCUGUCGGUGCUAUUGCACAAGCUAAAGGAGUUGAGAUUCUCCAACCUUUCAUACUCGGAGUACUGGUGCUUUGUUUAGCUGUUUGGAUGUGCCUACCCAGCCUUCCAAGGAGCAACAUCCGCAUUUGA